AAACUAUGUCGCAUCCGGGUCUCUUCUGUUCCCAUCGCAGCUGGUUGUUUUGUUGUUAUGUUGUUUUAAUACUUUGUUGUUAGUUUUAAGAUAUUAAUGCGGACUUAACGUCUUAUGCAUUGCUGUCUAUGGUAGUACCGGGGACGCAGACGAAGGUGUUAUGGCUCUCAGUAUGGCAGGCUGCGGAGAAGUGGACUGUUCACCGAAUGCCGACCCAUCCACUAAACUGAUAGAGGAUGUAGGAAACACUUGUACCACUGACUCUGCUUCUUGCAGCCCUGUUCCAGAUUGUGCAAUCUGCCUGCAGAGCUGUGUCCACCCCGUGUGCCUGCCCUGCCACCAUGUCUUCUGUUUUCUUUGUGUGAAAGGUGCCUCCUGGCACAGCAAGCGUUGUGCCCUUUGUCGACAGGAAGUCCCAGAGGACUUCCUGGAGCGGCCAACGCUCCUGUCCCCCGAGGAGCUGAAAGCGGCAGCAGCAGGGGUCAGACGAGGGAUGGAGGGUGGCCCCCAUGUAGAGUAUGCCUGGUAUUAUGAAGGACGCAAUGGCUGGUGGCAGUAUGACGAAAGGACCAGCCGUGAACUGGAGGAGGCCCUAGUCAAGGGCCGGAAGAGUGCCGAGAUGUUAAUUGCGGGGUUUCUGUACGUGGCAGACUUGGAAAACAUGGUGCAGUAUCGUCGAAACGAGCAUAGCCGCAGGCGCAGGAUGAAGAGAGAUGUUGUGGGUAUACCAAAGAAAGGGGUUGCAGGGCUGAGGCUGGACCCUGAACCUGCUCCCAUCUCUGCUUUACCAGUCAUUCCCCCAUUAGUAACAGAGCGUAUGAGCUCAGCCGAUGGGGCAGACAUGAUUGGUCAAUCACAGUCUGCGUCCUUUGGAAUUAUGGUUUCCAUUCCACCGAUUAGACCUCCAACAGUCCUGGGGGGGCAACUCACCACACCUCCAUAUCCCUCACCCCCAUCCCUUGAAGAAUCUCUCUCCCAGCUUCUAAUUAGUCAACCUGAGGAUGAAGAGGUAGAAGAGGAGGAAGAGGCAGCUUUGCGUGGUAGCCAAGUAAAUGAGUAUGCAGCAGGCAGCAGUGGGAGUGAGGAGGAAAUUCGUGGCUGGGAAAGGGGGGGGUCUGCAUUGAUGUCUCAGAGAAGAAAUGUGCGGAGACUGUCAGGAGGGCAACUCGGGGAGAUCCAUGUAGACAGGAUGCCCCCAAGAGGUGGACCCUCCAGCUCAGCACUCAGCAUGCGCUCCCGUAGCCCUGAUGGACAGUGCACUGUGACUGAGGUGUGACUGGGGUGGGGUAAUGGUAACUAUUCUGCAAAGUUGUUAUUGUGCUCUUAUCAGUUUGGCAAAAAAAAAUGUGAAAAGCACGUGAGCUCUCUAAAUCAUGAUUAAUACACCCCUCUCCCCACUGUUUUAUUUUUCUAAGUCAAAGCAUGAAUUCAACUAGCAAUAUUGCACAGAAUACCCAAGGGAGGUGAGACAUCGAGGUAAUAUUUUGGGCAGUACAGUUGCAAUGCUUUCUGCAACAUGCUACAAUAUGACACACAGUCAAAACACGUCUCUCCUGGCAAUAAGUGUUUCAUCAUGUGACAGAGUGAAGAGCUUUGUGGCACUGUUCAAGCACUGUUUUUUUGUUAGUAUUUUCGGAAAAAUGCCAUCAUUGUUGCUGCCUUAUACAUUGGUUUGCCACAUGGUACGAUGCCAAAAGCUCUGAAAAGACAUGCCACCUUCUUUACUCUCAAUGUAACCGUUUGAGCUAACAGACAAUUUCACUGAAUACCUUUUGUGAGGUUUCUCUGUUUUGAGUCCUGCUGCAACAGCAAAGCUAAAGGGUAGCACCUUUUAUGUGUCAAAAUAACAAGAGGGCUACAACUCGUUUAAUGUUUCUGCUUUACUGAUUGAUCCCUUGAAACUGCAAGAACCCAAGUGGUCUGUUAGCACCUAGUUACGGUUUAAAACCUUUGACUACUGUUGUGUGUGUGUGUGUGUGUUUGUGUGUGUGUGUGUGUGUGUGUGUGUGUGUGUGUGUGUGUGUGUGCAAGCAUGUGUGCACGUGUGCGUGCGUGCAUGUACACGAGAGACCGCGUGGGGACAGAUUACGUUCACUCUAUUUUAAUCUUAAAGCAAAAGUCUGUUUUAAUAAUAACGUGUGUUUGUGUUGCUGUGAGAGGUGUUGGGUGCGGAAAAAUUACUGGCAGAACCACUGGAAAGUAUUGGCCUACAUAUAGAGAGACAAAUUUGGGUUUCUAUUUCUUGUCAAAGUACUCUCAUUAGGGCUACUAUCAAAGCAGUGGGGUUAAUGUGUUCUGAUGCUUGGAAGAACAUGUUGUCCUUACACAGACUGAGUUCUUCUGUUUGCUUCAGGCGGUAUUAUUCCAACGCGGUCGACUUCUCACUGUCUGUUUCUCAUCAGAUUGACUUAAAAAGACGUGUCCUCGUGCAAUGUAUUUCCUGUGGUGUUUUGUCACAAUAUUAAAAGUGUUUAUAUUUGU